GUACAACCUGCACAACAGAAUAACCACCAUCACUAGCAGCAGCUUUCAUUUAAUGAUGUCAUUCCAACCCAAGCAGAUCACUCAGUACCAAGCUGAGCACCUUGCUGAGCUCCAAGGCGAUGUCAGCGAGGAGGCAAUCCGCUUCACCCUGGGCCUCUUCCCCCCCUUCUCCGCUGGAGACGUCAUCCACGACAAUGCCUGCGGCUCCGGGGCUGUCACCGAGACCAUCAUGGCCCUGCCGCCGCCGCCUAGCAUCCAUAUUGAUGCCACUGAUGUCAACGAACACUUUGUACAAGGCGUUGCUGCCCUGGUUUCCCAGAAGCAAUGGCCCGUUGAUACUGCUGUUAUGUCUGCUCAAGACCUGACUUUUGCCGACAACCGUUUUACGCACUCCUUCACCAGCUUCGCCUUCCACUGCUUGGGUGAUCAUGAUACUGCCGCACGCCAGGUCUACCGCACCCUGAAGCCUGGCGGCAUUGCCAUCGCCUCGAUUUGGAUCUUUAUGCCGCACGUCGACGCCCUUCAACAUGCUCACUGGCGUACACGUGGCCGUGAUGGGCCUAUGCCCACCCUUCUCCCCGUUGAGGGUUUCCAAGAGGCCGACCUUCGAAAGGCCCUUGAGACCGGCGGCUUCCAGCCCGGGAACAUCACCUUCUCCACCAAGGACUGCUAUCUGAAGAUCCCUGAUCUGAAGCGUUGGGCCCAGCUGGCUUGGAGCUACCUGGGCACAUUGCCUACGGGGUGGGCCCAGAACGACGAGGACAAGUGGGACGAAGCUGUCGCGGACAUUGUCGAGGAGCUGAAGAGCGGUGAUGGAAUCUCGCAGAACGAGCAAGGGGAGACAGUUCUCAAGAUGAUUGCCUGUGUGGCUGUUGCGAAGAAGUAG